UUCGCUCCCGCCCCCGCCGGGAGUCCGACGUGGAAGUUGCUGGCGGACCGGACUUCCAAGGGAUUCGCUUGGGAGCCGAAGGCGGACCCGGAGGCCAAGGCGAGCAGAGGUGGAGGCGCCGAGGCCCGAAUAGGAGUAGCUGCCGUGGCCGGGGCCUGUCUCUGACCAUCGACAAGGGCGGACAGGCGGUUCACCAUGGGUGGGUUUUUCUCAAGUAUUUUUUCCAGUCUGUUUGGAACCCGGGAAAUGAGGAUUUUAAUUUUGGGAUUAGAUGGAGCAGGAAAAACUACAAUUUUAUACAGAUUACAGGUUGGAGAAGUCGUUACUACUAUUCCUACUAUUGGAUUCAAUGUUGAGACGGUAACAUACAAGAACCUUAAAUUCCAAGUUUGGGAUUUAGGAGGACAGACAAGUAUCAGGCCAUACUGGAGAUGUUAUUAUUCAAACACAGAUGCAGUCAUUUAUGUGGUAGACAGUUGUGACCGAGAUCGAAUUGGCAUUUCCAAAUCAGAGUUAGUUGCUAUGUUGGAGGAAGAAGAGCUGAGAAAAGCCAUUUUAGUGGUGUUUGCAAAUAAGCAGGACAUGGAACAGGCCAUGACUCCCUCAGAGAUGGCAAAUUCACUUGGGUUACCCGCACUGAAGGACCGAAAAUGGCAAAUAUUCAAAACUUCAGCAACCAAAGGCACUGGCCUUGAUGAGGCAAUGGAAUGGUUAGUUGAAACAUUAAAGAGCAGACAGUAGUUCAGUCACUUCUACCCCUGUGAAAUGAAGACUACAUCCUAUAUCCCUUUGGAAAGAAACAGUUAAGUGGGUUUCAUGCUACUAAAUGUUAAAACUGUGUGAUUGUUGGCAUAUACUGAACUGAAUGCAAUAUUUGUAAUAAAUAUAAAAAAUAAGUAUUUGGUUGGAAGGGUAACUCACCCAUGAUUGAACCAACUGAAUGUCUGUUCUGUGUAAUGUAAAAUCCUCCCUUGCUUUCUUGUGUUAAGUAUAUAUUCUAUUUGUAUGGAAUUCUUAUUCAAAUAGAGUCCUAUUAAAGAAUGUACUCUUUACUGAGGAAAAACCCUCCUAUUUUUGAAUUAGUAGUUGCAGCUUGUUUGUAUAAACACUAAUAAAUAUCUUAACCCCGAUUUUUUCCACUAAAAUGAAUUAAGUUCUUCCAAAGAUUAGCCUUAGUAGAGUAGGGACAUGGUUGGGUAACAGAGUCUUCAUUUGGUUAAUGACCACUUUAAGCUGUUUUGUUUAAAAGCUUUUGGGUAUAGGCAUGAAGCUGAAAAAUUAUCUUGGUGGUUAACCUCAUUGAUGUCUGUAAUUGUCAUUUUAUAGUACUUGUAUGGUUGCCCCAGAAUUUUCAUAUAUAUAGGAACCCUGUGAUAGAGGUAGGACAGGUUGUAAUGUCUUUAUUUUAUGGACAUGGACCCAAGGUUCUGAUUAGUUGUCUUGCACAGAGUCACCAGCUAGUGAGGUCAGAACAGGGCUCAAGGUGAGAUUUCGGUGUCAAGCUUAUCCCAUAAGCUGUGUAAUUCCUGAAACUCAAUACUGGCAAGAUAGACAUCCUUAAUUGCCUACAUAAAAUUAUGCUAAUUGAAGUAGACACGGUAUAUUCAAAAUAAUUUCCGUAAAUUUGUCUAUACUAGUAGAGGUAGUAAAAACAAUCCUAAAGGGCUAUAUUUGAUGGAAUCCACAACAUAUUAAAGGAAAUUUUAAAAAAACCUAUUUUAAGAAGCACUGUAAGAGGUAUCUUUAUUGUCUUUCAUUUCUUUUAUUUAUCUGUAAUUGGACAUGUAAAUUUGAAAAGCCAAACAUUAUUGGUUGUACAGGGAGAAACUGAGCAUUCUUGGCUUUAAAAAAUAGACUUAGUGCUAGGAUAUCAAAAACAGUUACGUUCAAAGGAACUUUUCAAAGUAUCCAGUCUACCACACGAUUGGCUAUGGUGUGACAGAAUAUGGUCCCUUGUAUUUACUUAAACUGGGGGGAAUCUUUAAGUUGGACAACCAGCAUUUAAAAAACUUGAUGCCCCUCAUACUAGUGGCCCAUUCCCUGUUCCUGCUACUGCCUUUCUGGAGGCCUUUAGCCUCUUUGCUUCAUAGUUUAAUCAUUUAGAUCAAAGGAAUGUGGCUUUCUCUUUUCACCUACAGGACUUCAAUGUUUUUACCCAUUCCCCAGCACCCAUUCUUAAUUUGGUUUCUGAAGUCUAUUUUGAAGAACAGGUUAUAAGCCCAGUUGUUCUCAGUGCUGCUCCUAUGGUUAUGGCACAUUGUGGCACCUUAGAGUAUAUGCAUGGUUGAAAUAGUAGGUUAUAUGCCAGCUAGGAAAAUACCUCUUCAGCUUCUCUUGGGUUCCUUUCUGGUCAGUGGCUGGGUUUGUACCUAAGUAGCUCAGUACAUCCCUCCCAGCCUGCCCACUUUAGGAAUACUGUUGAGAGGUAUGGGAGAAGAGAGGCCCUGGCAGGCAGAUGCUGGGCAGUAGAUAGCUCUUGGCAUCUUGAACACUGAGCACACCUGAAGUAAUAGCCAAACCACCACGUGAAUGAUCAUUAUCUCUGUUUUAUCACAGAGACUAGAAUGUGGUAAAUAGAGCAUAUACUGAUUUUAAUAUGGUAUAAAUUAUGAGGUCCUUGUCUAGCAGAAAAUGACUAAUAGGUAAAUUACAGGAGUUUGAAUGAUAUAAAAAUCUACUGAAUAUUAUUUUGGAGAACGAUGAAAAUGGGCAAAGCACCAAACUUAAAAUCUGAACGCAUGAGUUCUAGGCACAAAUGGCCAUUCCUUCAGUUUGUUUGUCUGUUUUUCCAUAAAACAAGAGACUUGGACAAAUCAUAUCAAAGAUUUCUUUUAGCUUUGAUAUACUGUUUAUAACCCUGGUUGGUAAUUGUGCUGUGUUAUGUGUUCACAUUUGAAAAAGGAGUGGUGGAAUUUUGUAACUAGAAUACUUGAGAUGCACUUUAAGUUGUGGAAAUGUAAGCUCCUUGAGGGUAGGGACCAUACCUUAUUUAUUGUUAGUGUCCCUUGCAUCUAGUGUGGUAUAUACUCGGCAUACAGUAGGCACUAAAUAAAUAUUUACUAAAUUGUUCUUAAUA